AACAUCAGCUGUAGCCAAGAUGGCGCAUGCAGAGGCAGAUUUAACGGUUUCUCAUGGCUCUGAUCCAGAAGUAGAGCAUGAAAUAGGGGUGUAUAGGCGCUGCAGAGGGCGGCCGAGACUCACAGACUCGGAUCGAGCCAGGAGACGACAUGAGUCCCGCAAGAAAUACGAUAUUAGGAGAGUGUACCUCGGGGAAGCGCAUAAGCUGUGGAGUGAGCUGCGCCGGAGAACCAGCUUGAGUGAUGCUGGGCUGGCAGAGUACCUGAUCCUGCUCCACUCUACUCAUGGAGAGAGAGACCAGGACAAGCACUGUGGGGAGAAGACUGGAAUAGAAGACAACUCAUCAAAUCAGAAAAGUGACAGUAGGGGGUGUGUGUCCAGCCUGCAGAGUCUUGUCCACUGGUACCAGGAGCACUGUGAGGCCUGUCUCCUGGAGCCCGAACUCAGGUCUCUGGAGUUUCAGCCUGACUCGCCCACAGCUGCUCUGUGGCAGUGUGAUUCUGGGCACUCUUUCACUCAGUACCUGUACACCCCACAGUCUGCUGAGGCCAGUGACUGUGAGCAGGACGAGGUGGGGCACACGGAGGCGGAGCCACUGAGCACAGCGGGAACUUCAGUCUCUAAAGUUAAAAGAUCUGUGGGAAGGAGGAGACGAAGACGGACUCGUAGAAAAUCAAAAGGCGUGGAAGAAAAUGAGCCUAUUGCAAAUGUUCAACAUGACUCUCCACCUGCCUCUCCGGAUCCGUCUAGUGCCAUAACAGAGACAGAGCCCCCCCCGGUUUGGGACAUGGAGGGGUCCCCUAGUGCCUUUCAUUCUGAGGAUGAUUGUCAAGACCUGAGAGUAGCUGAGGACAGAGAAUUGCAAAUACACAGGAAUGUGCCAGAGGGAUACCGGUGUGUGUCUUUGGUGAAUAAAGUGGACGGCAUGAAUGCGGAGUCAGUACUGAGUGGAUCUGUACCUCCAUCCAUGCAUGUACAAGACCAGACCACACUCUAUGGCCCUCAAAGUCUGCAGAGCAUAGUCAACUGUGAGCUUCCUGACCAGAGGAGCGCGUUUGAAGCCUCGCAGUUGAUCAUCAUCACAGGGCCCAGCUAUGAGGCAUUAGCAUCAGAGGGUAUUCAGCUUAACAUGACCAAUGGAGCCAAUAUGGAGGAGGUCACCUGCACUGUCAUUGGAAAUGUUUCCUACAACCAGAUCUGUCCCCUGGACACUAAACCCAGGAUACUGCAGGACCAUUCUGCAACUGAUAUAGAUUUGAGUGCCCAACAGCUGCAUCUGAAGGCUGAAGACCCUCAGGAGAUGGUCCCUGACAGAGAACUACACCGGAGCAGAAGAAGAAGUAGACGUGGUCCAGUGAUUGAGGCAGACGGGAUGUUGAAGAUGUUCCACUGUCCUUACGAGGGCUGCAGUCAGGUGUAUGUGGCCAUAAGCAGCUUUCAGAAUCACGUCAACUUAGUCCACAGAAAAGGCCGAACCAAAGUGUGUCCACAUCCAGGGUGUGGGAAGAAGUUCUAUCUGUCCAAUCAUCUCCACCGGCAUAUGAUCAUCCAUUCAGGAGUUCGAGACUUCACCUGUGAGACAUGUGGGAAAUCAUUCAAACGCAAGAAUCAUCUCGAGGUCCACAGGCGCACCCACACAGGAGAGACCCCACUGCAGUGUGAGAUCUGUGGAUACCAGUGUCGUCAGAGGGCCUCCCUGAACUGGCACAUGAAGAAGCACACCUCAGAGGCACAGUACAACUUCACCUGUGACUUCUGCCAUAAGAGGUUUGAGAGGCUGGAAAGUGUCAAGUUCCACAAACUGAAAAGUCACCCGGACAAACUAUUGACAUGAAAUGUGCUAUACACACUGCUGCUGCUACUGCUGUUCACACGCAGAUCCAGGUUUGAAAUAUGGAAGGGACAAAAAGAACAGUUGUGCAGGACAUUAGCUGUCUUUACAACCAAAGCAUGUUUUGGCAUGAACAAUAAUAAUAGAGAACAUUUUCAAUUGGGUUGUAUGUGGUGCUUGCAGAAUAAUAAUUUUGUUCCAACGUCUCGUAUUAUUACUUUAUUUAAAAGUGCAAAUUGUCUCCUACUGGUUUGUCAGACAUGCUACUGUUCACAUAAUGAGACAUAGUAUUAGCAUUUGAACACACAAUAAUCUAUAAACAGAAAUUAUUUACAAGCACUCUAUGCAACCUUAUUAAAAUGGCCAAUGAAUCAAAAAUGUGUGAAAUUAUUUAAAUUCAGUUUCUACCUCUAAUGGAUUUAGACGGUACUCUGGUUGCUGUUGACUUUGAUAAGGACAUUUUUGAUAUUUUCCCACCCAUGUUUCUCCAAAAGGACCUUUUGUAGGCCAUUUUUGUUUCAUUACCUUGAAAAAUGCUUAUUAUACAUAUAAUUUACUUGUACAGUAUUUGUUCUCUCAGUAUUUAAACACUUUUACAAAAGAUAAAUUAUUUUGUAAUAGAAGUAUUUAUUCUUAAUAAAACGUAUGUGAUAAUU